AUGUUUAUCCACCCCAAGAACGAGGAUAUCACCCCUCCUCUAGUGAGGGCCCAGGCCAAACCCCCGGGCUCCCAGCACUCAGCCCGCGCCGAGGCCCAGGGACUCCCCGGGGGCUGGGGACCACAGGGUGGCCCGGGCCGCAGCUCUUCGCAGCACACCAGGCUCACAGUGCAGCCCAUCCGGCCUGGCGCCCGGCGGGCAGGGGCGGAGACGCGGGAGCCCCAGGAGCCGGCCCGCCCCCAGCCCUUGCGACAGCUCAGCCCAGAGCGCCUGCGACAUUGGCAGGGGAGCAGCAAUGCCCCCAGCCUGGCCCCGGCAGAGUCCCUGCCUUUAUGGCCAGCAGCGACAGGAGCCCCCAUUGUGGGGCCUGAUGAGGGUCUGCAAUACAGGUCCCGAACACAGCCAAUCAAACCAUGGCUGAAACUGAAGACAUGGACUAUUACAGACUCACGGAUGUGGUUUGGUGAGGAGCAUUCAAAUUUCACUGGCAUGCCACCUACAGCAAAAGAUUACAGCCCCUGUAUACUAGAAACUGAGACACUCAACAAGUAUGUUGUGGUCAUUACCUAUGCCCUAGUGUUCCUGCUGAGCCUGCUGGGAAAUUCCCUGGUAGUGCUGGUCAUUUUAUACAGCAAUGUUGGCCACAUCAUCACUAAUGUCUACCUGCUCAACCCAGCCUUAGUCAACCCACUCUUUGCCCUGACCUUGCCCAUCUGGUCCGCCUCCAAGGUGAAUGGCUGGAUUUGCACACCCCUGUGCAAGGUGGUCUCACUCCUGAAGGAAAUCAACUUCUAUAGUGGUAUUCUACUACUGUCCUGCAUCAGCGUGGACUGUUACCAGGCCAUUGUCCAUGCCACUUGUACACUGACCCAGAAGCAUCACUUGGCCAAGAUUGUUUGUUGGCAGGGUGCAGUGGCUCAUAGCAGCCCAGGCAACAUGGUGAAAUCCCCUCUGUACUAAAAAUACAAAAAUAUUAGCCGGGUAUGGUGGCACCUGCCUAUAGUCUCAGCUACUUGGAGGCUGAGGCAAAAGAAUCAUUUGAACCCCAGAGGUGGAGGCUGCAGUGAGCCUCACACCUUUGGCUUCAUCCUGCCACUGCUGGUCAUGCUGUUCUGCUGUGGAUUCCCCCUGCGUACACUGUUUAAGGCCCACAUGGGGCAGAAGCACUGGGCCAUGCGGGUCAUCUUUGCUGUCGUCCUCAUAUUCCUGCUCUGCUGGCUACCCUACCACCUGGUCCUGCUCACAGACACCCUCAUGAAGACCCAGGUGAUCAAGGAGACCUGUGAGCACCGCAAUGGCAUUGGCCGGGCCCUGGAUGCCACCGAGAUUCUGGGCAUCCUUCAUAGCUGCCUCAACCCCCUCAUCUACGCCUUCAUUGGCCAAAAUUUUCGCCAUGGAUUCCUCAAGAUCCUGGCCAUGCAUGGCCUGGUCAGCAAGGAGUUCUUGGUACAUCAUCGCGUUAACUCCUACACUUCUUCCUCUGUCAGUGUCUCUUCCAACCUCUGA